UGCUAGUCACGCCCGAAUCCACCGAGAACCCCGAUUUCCACACAUUUUUGAACCGGCAGCAGUUGCUGCGGCGGCUGGACCGGAUUGUUAUUAACAAAUGCCAUGUGAUAUUGAACCCGCAGAAGGAUUUCCGGCCCGCCAUGGCCCGAUUAGGCUGAUUGGCCAGUGCCCACACGCAGAUGGUAUAUUUGAUAGCCACGUUGCCCCCAUCCAGCGAAGCCAUGUUUUUGCAGCAGAUCCAGCACUGGCCCAGUGAGGUCAGCAUAUAUUGCAGCCAGACCAGCUGUCCGAACAUGGCAUACCGCGUGCACCGGCUGAUAUUGCCGCAUGGGGUGCCCCAGGAGCCGCACCAGUGGUUGACCACCCCCGGGGUGAUUGGUUUCAUCCAGGCGCGCAUCUGCCAGGCCCGUGGCGGCCAGGUCAUUAUAUAUGCCAAUAUCAAGAGUCAGGUGGAGGCCAUCAGUCGGGAAAUCGGGUGUGAGCCGUACCACAGCGCGGUGUUAGAUCGAGCCGGGGUCAUGCAGCGGUUCCAGGCCGGCCAGACCUGGGUCAUUAGUGCCACCAGCGCAUUAGGCAUGGGGAUUGAUAUCCCCAAUAUCUGGUGUGUGAUUCACAUUGGCCGGCCGCGAAUGUUGUUAGAUUACGGGCAGGAAAGUGGCCGCGCUGGGCGUGAUGGCGUUGCCAGCAAAGCCAUCAUUAUCCAGCCCCAGGGGUGGGAUAGCCCAGAUCCAUGGAUUGACCAGGUUGCCGAGGCUGAUUUCGAGCACCAGUACUUGGACGGGACCAUCAAUGGGUAUUCCUGGCAGCAGUGCCAGGAUAUUGAUCUAGGGGAGUUACCGUGCGAUGCAUGCGAUCCCGAGUGGGGAGCGCAGGAGCCAGUUAGUCCCACCCCAACAUCACCAACCCCAGUAGCCCCCAGCUCAACAUCCAGGGUACCACCAUCCCCAUCACCCACCCAAUUGGCACCACCCAUAUCCCCGUCCGCCCCCUGUCCAGUCACCCGCGCGGUAUCCGUUCAGACAGACGAUUCGUUCAUGUCCCAGGUGCCCCCCGGGUCCGGGUUUAGGCGUGGAAGUAGCCCCCACGCGGCAGCCCCCGUGCUGGCAGCCAUUCCACCCCGUCCGCAAUACCCCCCGGCGGCCAUCCGUCAGCAGUCCGGGGCCAUGCAGGCCGGAAUUAACCAUGAAUUCAUUGAGCAGGAAGCCCGGACAUGGUUGAAUCAGUAUUAUAUUUGCACCACCACUGGCCGGGAUGGCGACCAUGAGUUAUAUUCAUGCCGACACCCUGACAGCCAGGCUGCCAAGCAGUGGAUGAUCCAGGUCUGGUCCCAGGUAGAUUAUAUCCCGUUCCAGUAUUAUUAUACAUGUGGCAUGCCCCAAUCCAUUUAUUUAGGGUGGCAGGCCCGCCAGCCAUGUACAUGGCGUGGUGCGUUGGUUCCACCCAUUGCCAGGAUGUUAUAUGGACCGCACGGGGAGGCCAUACGCGACGCAUUCGAGCGGCAUUUACAUGGCCAGAUCAUUAAAGGCCGUGUAGUGUUCCCUAAUAAGGGGAAUCAGCAGGCUAUUAAGCCCCAUAUUGUGGAUAUAUAUCAGAUUACAUCAAUAGCAGCAUUUUUGGGGCAGGGAACCAUCAAUGGGCAAGGGGUUGAGAUCCAGGCAGUAUUUUAUUGA